UAAGCCUUCACAGGUACCGAAUGAUUUGGACAGAUUUACGUAUACUCCUCCAUGAAUAACACUUACAGUAUUUCAUUUAUUAAUAGGGAGAUGACCUCAUGGUUGGGUUCAUGUUAGUCUUCUCAGUUUCAAUUCCCUAUCUUUCCACCAUGUGAUUAUUGGUGAGCCUAGAAAGUAACCCCUACAAUAAGCUCAUACCUGGCCCUACAUUCCGGUAUUUCUCAUGGCGCCUAGCUAUACCUUGAUAUUAGGCACUCCUUGGAUGGCAAUCUUGGCCUGCUUUGCCAGCCUCUAUCCACUCCCAACGUUCUCCAAGCCAUUAGAUCCAAGGAUCUGCUCUUUGGACUUCCACGGCUCCAUCCUAGGCCGUAAACUAGAAUCGCUAACAUGCCCUCUCCCGGUAGACGAAGAAUCAGCAAUAGACACCGGGACAUGGGAACCUUGGAAACGUCGUCCUUACUGCAUAGAGCCCCUGUCGGACGAUACACCCGGGCCGCAAUUCUGCCUUUACACAUUCGAGCCGUUCCGCGGGAAUAAAGGUUUAAGCGUCAUAACUACGCCUGUGCUUGCAGCAAGCAUGGUGGACGCUCUAGAUGACGCGGUCGUGCCCCCGAAGCUUAAGACCCAUCCGUCUAGUUCCCUUGCGGCGGAAGGAAGAAAUGACACGGCCUACGUGGUCCAAGACAUACCAGGAAAGGGGAAAGGGCUAGUUGCGCAGCGUCAAAUUCGGCAGUGGGAAGUGGUGCUGGUGGACUAUCCUGUUAUGCUUGCACAUAUGGGUUUGUUCGACGUGGUAGGUCCCGAGCUUCGUGAGGAUGUUCUAGGUCGAGCUCUGCGCCAGCUACCGGAGGAGCAGCAAGGCGAUAUCCUGUCACUGGCACGCAGCACAGGUGGCGAAACCGUCGAAGAUAUUCUCAGAACGAAUAUAUUUGGCGUUGAGCUCGGGAUCGAGAUACCGCACCUAGGACUGUUUCCGGCUGCUUCUCGGAUCAACCAUGACUGCAGACCCAACGUUUUCUGGCGGUACUCGGUACGGGCUUUGGCAGUGGAAGUUAUUGCAAUGCGCGAUAUCGAACCAGGAGAAGAGAUAGUACAAAGUUAUAUGCCCUUGGGGCUGUCCUAUGAAGAGCGCAAAGAAGAGUUGAAGAAUUGGGGGUUCGCCUGUACAUGUUCACUAUGUGCUUCUUCUAAGAAGCAAAGAACAGCGUCAGAUAAGAACCGAGAACGGUUACAGGAUAUCUAUCACGAGCUUAACGACAGUGCUGCUGGGAAAUCUAACCUAACGACAAACAUGAUCGAACAGCUUGUUGCAGAGUUAGAGUCCCUAGUAGCUACGGAGAAACUAGAGGCCCAGCUUCUCGUGCACUACAGCGCUGUUGCUAGAGCAUACAUGCGCAUUGCCGAAUUGGACUUAGCCAGGAGGUACGUGGAGCUGUGCGAAAACCUAUGGGUACAGUAUGCCGGCGAGGAAGACGAUUAUCUGGCAGGAAUGCAUCAACUACGGCACGAGCUUAACGAGCGGGAGAAGAAGGCCACCAUCGACGGAAGACGUCAAAAAGUAUGAAACAGAUCGUUAGCGACUACAGGUACCUAGGUAGGUAGACUACUCGUUUCUGGUAGAAGCAUUAAUGUAUG